CAAUCCAGAGUCAUCAAAGUACAUCUUAUAAUGAAAUCACAUCAUUGGAAGGUAAAACCAACUAGUAAUGAUUUGAACAUAAUCCACACAUAUCUGGGUAUUAAAGUAAUAUCUGCAAAAUAUUUUAUUGAGCCAGUUUGAUGUAGUGGUUUGAGUGUUAGAUUAAGUGUUUGGGAGAAAAAAUAUUUUAUUUCCUCUGGUUGCCCACAGUGUCAAGCAGACAAACUGCAUAUAUUGUCCUAUAAUAGAAGCUGUGGAAAUGAAUAUCAUGAAAAUGUCCUCCUACACUCUCUGGGAGGUGUUCUGGUCCCCCCCCCCCCGGGUUUUGGGCCCUUCUGUUUUAGAUGUAAGAUAUUUUUUUCCCCUUAACAGGAACUCACCAAAGUCUCCUUUGGCCUAAACCAGCCCAAGAACAAAAGAAGAAAUGAAUUGUUUACCUCAUUCUAAUAGCCAUCAGAUAUUUUGAGUAAAAUAUGUAUUAAAAGAAAGUAUUUAAAACAUAGGUCAUGCCAUGGGAGGUUGCCUCCCAAAUGGUUUUUAUUACCGUUUCUCACUAGAUAAUGUUGUCUUGAGUUGGAAGGCAAAUCUGUAGCCAUAUGCCUGAUAUGGAGGUAGCCAUAUUGCUGGUAACUGAAGUUGCUAGUUAUAUGGAUUUAUGCAGAGCCCUCACUAUUUCACAUUCAAGUAGCUGAUUUUGACAAUCUAAGAGUGCAGAUCCCAUUACUUUUUCAAGUUGUUUUCAUGCCACAAGAAUCCUAGAUAAUUGUUGUGGACAAUUCUGAAAUGAAACAUUGCUCAUCCGGUUUUGACUUUGCCCUUCUUCUAAAAGAUGUAAAACAAUCUUUUUGUCCUGUGUGUUUUCAUACUGAACUUGUUUAAAAGGGAACUGUGACUCCAUUAUGAGGUAUCAGCUUUCCCCAUGGGAUCCUGCCUUCUGAUCCUUGUAAGGAUGUUGUGUUUCCUAAUGCAAAGACCUAGAGGCACUUUAGUGCUUCAAAAGAGGAAAGAGAAGCUUUUAUGCUUUGGAUUUUACAUGUACAGUGCAUAAAGAACCAAACAUUAAUCCAUUUCUGCUUUUCCCCAGUUCAUAACGGUAGUAGAUGCUUUCACAAUUUUUCCAUAUCAAAGACCUGACAGUAAUUAUGAUCCCAUCUGGUUUCUAGCAUUAUCUUUUUGCUAUGGCCAAACUAGUGCUAAGGAUGGCCUAUGAGCAAAAAAAAAAAAAAGCAGUCAAGUGAGGAGAGGCAGCGGGAUUUUGUACUAGCAGCUCAGAUGUCCUAUAUAUUUUUUUCAGGGAAGAAAGAUAACUGGAGAGACGAAGGGCAAAGAAUCCAUAGUUCCAUGUUUCAGUGGAUGUGCGAUGUUUGUCUUCUUGCCAGAAAACUUUACCAACUAGUGCAAGCACAAAUUGGUAGCUAUUAGUGCACUAUGACUAUGUGUUGAGUAACUGAAAAAAAUGUAAGAACAUGAGUACUUCCUGGAUAGAACACAGGGAGAAUUGAUCUUCUAGAAUAAACAAAAAGAAACUGCCAAAGAAAUCAAAGAGAUUUUUAACAUUGAGGAAAGACCGUAGAAGACAGUUACUGUCAGAAGCAAACUACGGAAGAAAUUCAGAACCCCUCUAACUAAGCAAUCACUUCCUAUGGAUUUUAUUGCAUGAAGCAGACAAAGGCCUCAUCUACACUACAUUAUAUAGUCAGUGUAAACUUGUUUAAUGCAGAUUAAAUGCACACAACUGCAUUAUAUGAGGCUACAUUAACUAUACAAUGAGUUUCAAACUGUAUUGUCUCAUAUAUGGCAGUAUAAACAGGGCCCAAUGGCACUUAAGUAAGACUGUCCCCUUGGUGAUGGUCCCUACUGCAUGACACCAUGCACAUCCCACUGCCGGUCUUCCUGCCUCUCACAAUUAACCUGACCCACGCUACUGAUGGGAAGAACAAAGCUCUCAUUGUCAGCUGGAAGCCAGCGUGAAUGUUGCAGAUAAUCAAUGGCCAUUGAAAUCCACAAGCAUGUGGACAACUUCGACAGAAAGGAGGAAACCAUGAAAAUGAACAAAAUCUGGCUACCAGUAUUAAAAAACUCAAAAAUCAAAACAAUAGAUGGGAAGCAACACUCUGAGGGCAGAGGAGCCCCAGGGAUGACUAAUGACCUUGAACAAAGGAUGCCCCCCAGGCAAGAGACGAACCUUUCCAAUGCUAACUAGGGUGAUUAUCUGCAACAUUCAUGCUGGCUUCCAACUGACAAAGGAUUCUUGUCACACCCUGGACUCUCCACAGAUAUAUAUUUACCUUCCUUGCCUAGUUUCUCCAUGCCUCACAACCUCAGAGGAUGCCUGCCAUAGAUGUGGGCGAAACGUCAGGAGAGAAUACUUCUGGAACAUGGCCACACAGCCCGAAAGACAUACAACAACCCUGUGAUCCCGGCCAUGAAAACCUUCGACAACACAAAGCUCUCAUUCCCACUACAUCCCUGUCACCUGCAAUGGGGCCUUCCUGCUCCCGUGCUGACAUGCUUGCAGUGAAGUGACAUCAGGGAACAGAAUUCUCAUUCUUUCCCAUUUGACCCCUCUCCCUUUUGCUUCUCCUAGCUGCUUAUUUAAUAUUUUACAGUAACAUUUUUAUUCUAAAAACAUUACUGGAUAUGCAAAAUUGCUUGAAAUAUAAUAAAAGUACCUUAUGGAGCAACAUAAGUGUGGGAAGGUGGAGUUGUAUGUGUCUGCAAAUGUGACACUACAUAAUGGUGAAAUAGUGUAAUUGCGUAAAUGAAGAGUGGUGCAAUAACAAGGAGGCUCAUGUAUCCAGUAUUGGAAUAGCAAUGGAAUGCUAUAAAGUCCUACAUCUUAUUAAGGGUAGUAGCAGUGCAGAUGUUCAAAUAAAUAAACAAACAAAAACCAGCAAAAAGGGAUAUGUCAUGCAGCCAGAUCCCAGGGCUGAAUUUCCAAGCCCUGAAUCUGACUUCAUAACAUAAACAUGCGAGCACCUGGCGGGAGAAGAUAAAAUGAGCCUGGGAACUCAGGGGUGAAAGUAUAAACAAUUAUAAUUGCUGUAGUGUGGGGGGGAUAGAAACCUUGGUGGAAAUGUGAUCCAGAAGGUGGGGUUUGAUGAUGAUAUUUGCGUGUGAUAUUACGUUGCAUCAGAAGUGAUAAAAUUAGAUGUAUGUAAACAUUAGGUCAUUCUCGACUUUUCCAAAGUCAUGUAUUCUUCAAUAAAGAUUGUGUUUGAGAGCAGCUGUCUUUGAUCUGCGUUCAGACUGGUCCUUUGAAGUAAGCCUGACAUUAAAGUCGAGAAUCCCAUUUCUCACCCUCCUGCGGAAUUCGCAGUGAAGUGAUAAUGAGCGAGGAAGAAGAUCAAAGCCCAAAUGAGGCAGAGAGGCCUUUGCAAGGGGCCCGGCCGAAGAGAGAAGAGACGCUGCAAGCCAUAGCUUCCUCUACGGGGUACCCCAAGCCGAACGGCGUGACCCAGAGAAUUCCCAGGCUCGGAAGAGGCGUCUCUGCAGCUGCAGAAACCAGUUGGGGAUCUGGAGGAAGUAUGCCGGAGACCGUGGCCCUGCGGUUAUCCAUCCUGGAAACUAAUUUAUCCAGGCUGUCGGAAACCGUGGGGAGAUUGGUGCCAUUAUUGGAAGAGAAUCUCCAGAAGGAGGCCAGCCGAUAUGGCGCCGAGAGAGAACCAAGCAAAGAAGGAGAUUGGAGCCAGAGGGGCCAGCGGGCGUCAACGCAGAGCCCCGUGGCGGCAAGGGACGAGGGAGAUGAGGAAUACUGGCAGGAGCUGCAGUUCCGGGACAGCAUGGCGCGAGAAGUGGAGCGUCAGCGAGCCCUGGGGACCCUGAGGCCGCCGUCUCCAACAGAGCUCCCAACCCCCCGAAUGGGCGUCGGGGUGGAAAGGCCACUGGGGCCAGGGAUCGGGUCCAGUGGAUUCGCAGACGAAGGCGGAGAGGAGCGGGGGGUCCAGGAAGAGGAGGAGGAUGUGCCGUACGACGAGGAAAGGCGAGAUGAGGGGGCUACAGCUAGGCCAGUAUGCGGAUGGGCGGAAGAGCCAACAGCGGCGGCAGACUUCCAGGAGCCGCGCAGAAUGACCACCGGAGUGGGGCGCGGCGUGUUCCAAGGAGCCACCCGAGGAAACCUGAUGCAACCCUUCCCCAUGCCGCCCAGACAAUAUCAAAGGGCUGCAGAAUGGAUGCCUAGAAGGGAAGAUCUCAAGCUGGAAUACGGAGGGGAAUCAGAGGAACUGAACUUUUUUCUAAUUAGCAUUAGAGGAUACAUGGAAGACAACGCACACACAUUUCCCUCCGAAGCAAGCAGGGUUCGAGCCAUCGGCAACACACUAAAGCGAGGAGCAGCCAGCUGGUAUGUGCAAUUGCAUGCCAGACGCGACCCAUGCCUGAGGUCAGUGCCCCGCUUCCUCGCCGCACUGGAGAACCGGUUCAGAGACCGGCUAGAGCAAUUGAGGGCUCGAGACCAGCUGAAAGGAAUAAAACAGAGGGACAAAACGGUGCCCGAGUACGCAGAGGAAUUCCUCCACCUCGCGGAAAGGGUACCGGAGUGGUCUGAAGUAACCAAAGUGGAACUAUUUAAAGAGGGACUACGCCCCGAGAUUUUCAGCUGGGCAGCGCACAGAGACGACCCCGAGACGCUCCAGGGAUGGAUUCAACUAGCGGGGCGCGUCGAAUCUACCCUGGCACAAGUAAAGCGCUUCAGGAGCAGCAGCGGCCAGCAAAGACCGGUGGCGAGAGGUCGAGGAGAAACGAGGAAGCAAGAAAGACCCGGAGGGAGGCCGGGGAUUCCCUCCAGAGGAGACGACAACAAACCUAAACCGGGAUGCUUUGUAUGUGGGAAGACGGGCCACCGAGCAGCGGAAUGCUGGGCCCGGAAGGGGGAGCCGCCAAAAGCCCCAAAGCCCAAGCCAGCAACCGGGAGGCGUGCGGAGGAGGAGGUGCAGGCCCCAGAAUCUUCGGAAAGAUUGGACUAUGGUGAAAGAAGAACCGAAGAGGAGGACGAAGAAAACGGGGGCGCCAUGUCAUGCAGCCAGAUCCCAGGGCUGAAUUUCCAAGCCCUGAAUCUGACUUCAUAACAUAAACAUGCGAGCACCUGGCGGGAGAAGAUAAAAUGAGCCUGGGAACUCAGGGGUGAAAGUAUAAACAAUUAUAAUUGCUGUAGUGUGGGGGGGAUAGAAACCUUGGUGGAAAUGUGAUCCAGAAGGUGGGGUUUGAUGAUGAUAUUUGCGUGUGAUAUUACGUUGCAUCAGAAGUGAUAAAAUUAGAUGUAUGUAAACAUUAGGUCAUUCUCGACUUUUCCAAAGUCAUGUAUUCUUCAAUAAAGAUUGUGUUUGAGAGCAGCUGU